AGCUGUAGCUCCAUUAGCCGUUUUGGAAAAGUUCUUUUUCUUGAGUUUGGAUUUAGGCUUCACCACACACAGCAAGCUGGCCCACCGUAACGGCACCUAUUACCGACAGGGAACAAGAUCAAGCCGGCUGGCUCAUGAGGAAAAGAGGCAGACAGUAGCGAUUCAGAUAAGUGGACAUUAUGAAAAGAGUCAUUAUCUAAGAUUAUCAAGGUGUUGCAGAUAGACAGCAAUUAUGGUGAUAGGAGGGGAGGCUGGUGUCUUAUGUAAGGUCACCAAGUCGAUCUGUCUGUGAAGGCCUACAGUUAGGCCUCCUCUUCUUUGGUCCAGUCUGUUCUUUGUUAUUUCAAUGAGCCACACCAAGUAUUUUCCUGCUGCCUGUUGUGCUGUUUGCUUGCCAGGUUUGGGCCAGACACGUUGGUGAGAUCAUGGCCAAUGGACAGGAGGCUGAAGCUCCAUGUGGGUGCCACAGAGUGGACGGUCAAGGAGGAAGUGUGCGACGUGCCAGUUAAGGGUGGAGCGCUUAGGAGUGGAUUUGCAUAGAUCUGUCGUCUGCGUGGAGAUGCUACACUGACAGCUCAGUAACCUGCGAAGGUCAGAGAGAGAGAAGUGAAGCCAGUCUGCACACAGUCUUCAAUCAGAGAGAGGGACAGAGAGGCAGAGAGAAGGAGAGCGAGUCCAUCGAAGACACCGCCGGACCACGCGGGACCAGACUGGCCCAUUAAGGAGAGAGGGAGAGAGCGGGACGAAGAGGAAGUGGCACGUCCGCACCUGGCCUGGCCUAAACACGGAGGAAAACGCCGUUGGACAGUUCUAGCAGUAGCGACAUCGUGGACGUCAAUCUACACAAUGUCUAAACAGCCAUCAUCAAACGUCAAAGCCCUGCAGGCCAACCUCAAUAUUCCGAUGGGAGCUUUGCGUCCGGGGGCGGGGCAUCCUGUGAAGAGGAGAGAGGAGACAGUGGACGCAGAGGAGCCACCAGCGCCGAUGACCCCAGAAGAAAAGAAGCACCUGCCCGGCGCUGUGAAACUGCCCGGCCCAGCCGUCAACCUCUCUGAGAUCCAGAACGUGAAGAGCGAACUCAGAUGGGUCACCAAAGAUUAGACACACACAGGAAGGAUCCAGCUCUACCAGCUCUACCCGUUCAGUUUCCAGUUCUCUAUAAUCUCCAUCAACUAAGGUUCAACCAUAAGUACUGCAAACCUGGACUCUACAAACUUCAACUCCAAAAUCUCCAACUACUGCAACCGAGAGGCCCACCAGACAAUGCAAGCAGUGUAAUCCUGCAAAAAACUGUCCAACUGGCUCCAGCUUUACAGUGAAAAUCCACAGAACACACACGGCGGACCUUAACCAAGCGACAGAUUGUGACUGUACACGGACUGAUGGCGAGUGAGCAGUUAGGCCUUAGACCAGGCUUUGAUCUCUGUCUGAUGUAGGUUAUCCUCAAGACGCCUAAUGAAACCUGUAACCUGUUCUCCAUUACGUUUCCUCUCAGAGUCUGAUUUUCACAGCAGAAAUGCGUCUCAUUGCUGUCGUGUGUGGAGUCACAUAUUUGAAUUCCUUUCAUAGAUGCUGAAUCACAGCUGUUUAUGCAAGCAUACUGAAUUGCACAGUAGCAUGAUGAUGGGUCUGCGCUGAUGAUCUUGUCUCACCAUUUUCAUCCUGAACAAAUGUGAGGCGAUGUGUUUUUUCUUUUCCUUCUCUGCUUCAUGGCUUUUUCCUUAAAUCACUCCAUUUUGUCGCCUUUCUCUGUCUUUGUUCUGCGUGCUGCAUUGAGAGAGUGUGGGCUGACGCGUAAUAAAAUCAUUUCUCAUGCUCAGUGUAGGAGGGUGAAGCGAUCGCUUGCUUCUUUGAGCAAACAGGACUGGCUUUCAAACACUUUGCUACCAUUUUAUUCGCUCUUAAAUAUGACAUUUGUGAAGAAUUGGUGAAUGAUUUAAAAUCCCUCUUCUUGCACAGCGAAGGCAGAGAUGAGCCGCAGCAGCAUGGCGUGUGAAAGUGUCCUUAUUUGAGAUUCUUGCGUUCUUCCUUAGACCAGAGUUUGAGUUAGUCUAGAUUGAAGGUUAAAGCUAGGCCUACAAGACACCACGUAUGAGGGAUCAUUCAAACCUUGGUCAUUAAUAAAAUAUUAUACACUACUAA